AUUGGCUCGGGAGGCUAGAUUAUUGCAGGUUUUUUUUUUUUUUAACUUGCACAUCUUGGAUGCUCUUGCGUAAACGUUGCUUCUGGGAGGUGGUGCUGCAAGUUACUGCGCAGCCUGGUCAGAAUGGGCAUGUAACUAAUCAGACUAUUUAAAUGGAAUACAUUAAGGCUCACUGAAGUGCUCGUUCUUCACACAAUGGAAGAUUUCCUCCUCAUUCUGUAUUUCUCGUUCUUCAUUUGUCUGUGUGCCUUGGUGUGUCUGUAUUUUUCUGGAUGCCAGGAACUGACCUAUAAGCACGAGGAGGCGUGUUGUGGAGACGUUUUUUGGAUUUGACGAGGAAUCUGUUGAUUCUGAAACCUCUUCGGUUGCGUCAUUCACAAGUG